AUGUAUACACUUAACGGACAUUUCGUACGGGUAUCCUCAAAGUUUAUAAACAGCUGGGAUGUACGUCAUCUAGAACAUGGUGUCAUUUACUGGGAUAUUGUGGUGGUUACUACAUUGGACAUUGUCCAGAAAGACGCUUAUGAUGCUCUAAUACAACAACGUUCAGCGAUUAAUCGUAUACCACUUGGUGUCGACUAUCUCGUCAUUACUGAUCCUGGCAAGAUUGGUAAUGGUGGAAGUACAAUGCAUGCUAUGUAUGUACUUGAACAACAAUACGGUUGGGAAGUUCUGCGAAAAAAACGCAUUCUAUUGAUUCAUGCAGGUGGCUAUUCUCAAAGAACACCGACAACAAGUUGUCUAGGAAAGAUUGCGACCAGUAUUCCAAAAGGUUGGCCGACAUAUGAUUUGUUCGAUAUUAAAUUAGCUCUCUACUCAUUAUUUCCGGCUCGUAUGCCACAUGGAGGUGUAUUUCUCUGUUCGUCAGAUACAAUUGAAUUAUUUGAUGAGCCACCAGCAAAUCUCGAUUGGACCCUAGCAGAAGAUUUUGUUGCCUUUGCGCAUCCAUCAUCACUUUCUGUUGGUACACAACACGGUGUUUAUGUUCUCGAUCCCACCGACAUGCAGAAAUGUGUUUGUGUAUUGCAAAAGCCAACAACUGAACAAAUGAGACACCAUACAGCUAUAUGGUGUCACGGCGAAAAUGAAUAUGUCUAUACUGAUAGUUUAUAUUAUUUUAAUAUAAAAGUCGCUCAACAUUUAGCUGAAAUCUAUCGUGAAGAACAUGGCAUGACGUGUGAAAUUGACUGUUACGGGGAUUUUAUGAGCGCAUUAGGUAUUUGUCCAUUACCACGGCCUGCGGAAAAUAAAAAUGAAGUUAAUCAACAAUCUUCACGCAUAAAACAGAAGAUUUAUGAUACAUUACUUGGAUGUCAUUUACAAGUCGUUAUUCUACAUAAAUCUUCAUUUAAUCAUACGGGUACUAACGAUGAAUACCUGGAUAUUUGCUGUGGAAACGGUAAAACAGGUCAUGAGAUAUUUGAUGCGUUGAAACUUGAGAAACAUGUUGGCUGUAAAGUAUUCGAUGAAGGUAGACAUGAUGCAGUCGAUUUCUGGCACGGCAUUCUUCCAGCAUUACCUCACGGUGAUACAUUACAUCAUCAACCAUCUGCUCCUGAUGUUCAUGGUUGUGUUAUACAUAGUUUUAUUCAUCCGCAAUGUCGCUCAUCGCAACGUUCACUACUAGAAUAUUGUUGUAUUGGCAUUCCAAUUGAAAUCGCUGAAAAUACCAUUUUGAGUAAUAUAACACUUUUGACCUAUUCAGGUCCGACAAAAGAUAUUCUCCAACUUCCAUCAAAUCUAAUUAUGCAAACGAUUUCAUUAAAUGAUGAUCAAUAUGCAACAUUUGCCUUUGGCUUUCACGAUAAUAUGAAAGCAACGUACAAAAAUGAUGAUAAAUCUCUCAGCUAUUUCGGCCAACCAUUAAGUGCAAUCGCGGAGAAGCUUCAUUGUGAUACUGCACAUCUAUUCGAUGAUGAAAACGAUCAAUCGUUAUGGACGUUGAAAAUCUUUCCCGUAACAACAAAUCCGAAUGAUUCAUUCGAGAAAACAUUAAAACUACUUCUAUCGAACGAUCCAAUCGUUACCAAACAUCAUUAUGUUUCUAUCAAAGAAAUUCUCAAACGACGUGACAUAGCAGCCAUAAUUGGUUAUCGAUCAAAUUUAAUUAAUUGUACAUAG